CGGCGCUCUGCAUCUCUGUGCAUGGCGACACUCUCUGGCAAUAGACUCUGCGCAGUUGCUGUAAAUCCGACUCAACGGCGUCGCAAACAGCCGCACAAUAUCGGUAAUAGCCGCUCGUGAACGCUGACGAAGCGUGGCAGCGUGAACACUGAGCUUGGAGCAGUGCAGCCAGUGGCAGCGCCCAAAACAAGUGCGCAUAGCGGUGCAAGCAUGCCCUACGCCGUCUCCGUCCGCGACCGCUGCAUGUACUCCCACUCCCUGAAAUUCGGCGACGCGCCGGCCUUCCGGACGGGCUGCACGGCGGUCGUCGACGCGAAGUUGCAAGGACCGGCGCUGACGGGCGACGGCGUUCUAUGUGAUAUCCUCGCGGCGCAGAAAGCGCUCAAAAACGUGCUCGACGUCUUGGAUCAUGCGGACUUGGAUACGCUGCCGGGCCUGGAGGGCGCGAAUACCACUGUCGAGGUCGUCGCGAAGUUCAUUUUUGAUGCGUUUGUGGGCGAGAUGAAUGGUGCUGGUGCUGCGAAGGUCACGCGCGUCGAAAUACGGGUCGCCGAGUCCGACGUCGCGACGGCGUCCUACUACGAGGAGAACGAAAGCGGCGUGCUCUAGGGGCCGCGGCGACGGCGUGCUGGAAGCUAGUAUCGCGUUGGCGUCACCUCCAGGCUCCAGCGGCGUGCCGGCGGGAGAGACGCUAUGCGCGACGCCGUCGCCGCGACGAGGAGAGGACAAGAGAGAAAAUUCCGAGUAAAUAAUGUUACAGUACGGGUGUGAUUCGGC